CUCGUCUCCCACCUCCGCCCCCUGCGAGGUCAACCUCUCUCUCUCUCUUUCCCUCUCCCCCCCCCCCACACACCGCCAAACCUCUCCGCUCCCCGCUCAUCGCCCCCACUCCCCGCCUAACAUGGGCGCCCGAGCCUCGACACUCUCGCGCGAUGACAUCGAGGAGUUGAGCGAGAUCUCAUCGUUCACUCCGCAGCAGAUCAUCCGCCUGUACAAGCGCUUCCGUCGCCUGGACCGCGACGACCUCGGCCUCUUGAACACCGAUGACAUCCUGAACGCCAUCCCCGAGCUGGCGAUGAACCCGCUGGCCGAGCGCAUUUGCGCGGUCCUCGAUCCGCAUGACACCGAGACCAUCCACUUCCGCCAGUUCUGCGAGGUCCUGGGCGCAUUCAGUCCACAUGCGUCGCGCGAACGCAAGCUCAUGUUUGCCUUCAAGAUCUACGAUGUCAAUGACGAUGGCUUCAUCACGGCCGAUGAGAUGCUCACUGUCUUGCAGAUGUUGGCCGGCACUGGCGGGCCAGAUUCCCUGAGCCUGGCCCAGUUGACCGCUCUGGCCGAGCAGACUGUCAAGGACGCCGACCUCGAUGGUGAUGGGCGAGUUUCCUUUCAGGAGUUUGUUCAGAGCUCCCAGGGCAUCGAUGUCCAUGAGAAGUUCACCAUCAUCUUCUGAUCGCCUGCCUAUCCCCUUGUCCUUGUCUACUGCCGCUGCUGUUGCCGCCGCUGCCGCGCCCCGUCCGGAGGGGGGCCAGUGUCUGCCUCAUGGACGCCUGCCCUUUCCUCCAUCUGAAAUGAUCACUCAAUAAUUGGCCCGCCGUGCACAUCCGCAACCCCCCCCCCCCACCUUCUCGGGUGUUCCCACAAAUAUACCAUUCCAAAAAGAGAGAGAGAG